GAUGUCGUCGCCGUCGCCGCCCGCGCCAGUUGCCUGCGCCGCCAUCUCGGCCUCGGAGAAAGUGGACGGCUUCACCCGGAAAUCGGUGCGCAAGGCGCAGAGGCAGAAGCGCUCGCAGGGCUCGUCGCAGUUCCGCAGCCAGGGCAGCCAGGCGGAGCUGCACCCCCUGCCCCAGCUCAAAGAUGCCACUUCAAACGAGCAGCAGGAGCUCUUCUGCCAGAAGCUGCAGCAGUGCUGUGUGCUGUUUGAUUUCAUGGACUCUGUUUCAGACUUGAAGAGCAAAGAAAUCAAAAGAGCAACACUGAAUGAACUGGUUGAGUAUGUUUCAACUAAUCGUGGUGUAAUUGUUGAAUCAGCGUAUUCUGAUAUAGUAAAAAUGAUCAGUGCUAACAUCUUCCGUACGCUUCCUCCAAGUGAUAACCCAGAUUUUGAUCCAGAAGAGGACGAGCCCACACUUGAGGCCUCUUGGCCUCACAUACAGCUGGUGUAUGAAUUCUUCUUGAGAUUCUUGGAGAGCCCUGAUUUCCAGCCUAGCAUUGCAAAGCGAUACAUUGAUCAGAAGUUUGUACAACAGCUCCUGGAGCUUUUUGAUAGUGAAGACCCGAGAGAGCGCGACUUCCUGAAGACCGUUCUGCAUCGGAUCUAUGGGAAGUUUCUUGGGCUGAGAGCAUUCAUCAGAAAGCAAAUUAACAACAUUUUCCUCAGGUUUAUAUAUGAAACAGAGCAUUUCAAUGGUGUGGCCGAGCUCCUUGAAAUACUAGGAAGCAUCAUCAAUGGCUUUGCAUUGCCACUGAAAGCCGAGCAUAAGCAGUUCCUAAUGAAGGUUCUUAUUCCUAUGCACACUGCGAAAGGACUGGCUUUGUUUCACGCUCAGCUGGCGUACUGUGUCGUGCAGUUCCUGGAGAAAGACACAACACUGACAGAGCCUGUUAUCAGAGGACUGCUGAAAUUUUGGCCAAAAACAUGCAGUCAGAAAGAGGUGAUGUUUUUAGGAGAAAUUGAAGAAAUCUUAGAUGUCAUUGAGCCAACACAAUUCAAAAAAAUUGAAGAGCCCCUUUUUAAGCAGAUGUCCAAGUGCGUCUCCAGUUCUCACUUUCAGGUUGCAGAAAGAGCACUGUACUUCUGGAAUAAUGAAUAUAUUCUUAGUUUGAUUGAAGAGAAUAUUGAUAAAAUUCUGCCAAUUAUGUUUGCCAGUUUGUAUAAAAUUUCCAAAGAACACUGGAAUCAGACCAUCGUAGCACUUGUGUAUAACGUGCUGAAAACCCUGAUGGAGAUGAACGGCAAGCUUUUUGAUGAUCUUACUAGUUCCUACAAAGCCGAGAGACAGAGAGAGAAAAAGAAAGAAUUGGAACGCGAAGAAUUAUGGAAAAAACUAGAGGAGCUGAAGCUCAAGAAGGCGCUGGAGAAGCAGAACAGCGCAUACAGCAUGCACGGCCUUCUCGGCUGCAACACCGGUGCCAAGUAAGAGCAGCCCCGCCUCUGCUGGGAUAUAUCAAACUUCAGAGCAACCUCAUCAGUAUAAUAUAAUUAGGAGGCCAGGUCUUCCCGGCGAGCGUAAGCAAAAGAAGUACGGACUAAACGUAGCCCUGUGCUGACCAUGGCCACAGUAUAUUGUAACCUGUCUAAUCAUCGACUGUCACUUACCGUCUGCGUUACGAGUGAGGUGAUUGAUUGCGGGAGUGGUGGGAAUCGCGCUGCACACAGAGCAAGCCGUCCUCUGUGCUCUCACACUGCUGCAGACCUUAGUUACGUCUCGGGAGAGCACCUCCGUAACAUAAACGGAGGUGUUGUCCUUCCCUCUCCUACAGAGAUGGCGGGAUAAAAGCCCAACCUCCUUAAAGAUACUGCCGAACUCUGGGGUCUGCAACACCUACGUUUCCAGGCUUCUGAAGCACAAAGUAUUAAAGCUGGGGGAAAGUAAACCAAAAUUAUGUUCCCAAAUACCCCCUUCAGCAACAGCACCCCAGAGUGUGACAAUGUAGCAUCAGUGGGUGGACCCUAGGCUCACCUCUCCUUCAUUCCUCUCCUCUCCAAGGCUGGAGGCAGGGCCUUCCCAGUCCGCGACUGCCCAACCCCAGCCCGCCUGCGGGGUGGAGGCUCUGAGUCCCACGGUGUGAUGCAGACAGCCAGCUGUCACUGCCUGGCUUUAUGUAAAGGAAAUGCAUUGACUUUGUAGAGGCCAUGUACGUUCUUACCUGGUCAGGUAUUUCUCACAUGUUGUUAUCAGUACCAUUCCAACCUCUUGCCUUGCUGUUGUACGGAAAACUGUUUUAUAAUGAAAGACCUUCACUGGGGACUGAGCAGCAUUUAAUAAAGUCUAUGUUUGUAUUUUGCCUUA